AAAAAGUUUAAAAUUUUCAAAAUCUUGAAGCAUUCGUUUAUUAUUAACACAUGACAACCCCUGCGGCCAAAAAAACACUCACAGGACAACCUUAUAGAGGGGGGAGAGAGAGAGAGGGAACAGGUGGGGAAGAGAGAUAGAUGGCAAUGUCUGGGUCUGAGACAGAGAAUCAGACACGGAGUGAAACAACGAAAGAACCUCAAGUGGAGGUGGAGAGCGUCAAAUGUGAUUCAUGUGGAUUCUCGGAGGAUUGCACUCCUGCUUACAUCUCUCAUGUUCGUCAGCGAUUUCAAGGUCGGUGGCUUUGUGGUUUAUGCGUGGAGGCUGUGAAGGUCGAGGUUUUAAGAUCAGACCGCCUCAUCACUCUAGACGAAGCUCUCGACCGCCAUAUCAGGAUCUGCUCCCAGUUCCGAUCUUCUCCCGGUGGUCUCCGUGAAACCGAGCACCCAAUAUUCGCCAUGGGUCGGGUUCUUCGCCGGAGCUUGGAUUCCCCUAGACAUCUCCGAUCAAACUCAUCCAGCUUCACUCUGCCGGUGGUUCAUGAUCAAGCUCGAAGUUCACCUCUGGUUCGGUCGGAAAGUUGCUUCUCCUCCAUCUCGGGUUGAGGAACCCUCACGAGUCACAUCUCUGUUUCGCGAGACAUUCAAAAAUCUGGCCUUUCUAUCAACUCUUAUAUGUGGCUUUCUUCAAGAUGAUGAUCGUAGCCUCGUAGGUAGAAAACAGCGUAUCAAUGACUUGAGUCCAGUAAUAUUUUUUUGAUUUCCCGUCCUUCUCCAUCUCCUUUGUAAAUAUCAUAUUCUGAACAAAUUUUAGUUUCGUCCCAA